AUGCCUCCCCCUCGGAAUCGUGCCCCCAGAGGCCGUGGAAGGCGCCCUGGUGGCUUUGCGAAUCGACGCAGUGACUUUACAAAAUCCCGAGUGGAAGAGGUCGAUUCCGACGAAUCCUCUUCCGGAGAUGAAGGCCCCGGUGCCGAACAGCUUGAGGACGACAUCGAUCACGAAGGACCCGUCGACGGAGCAUCCUCGGACAGCGAAGAAGAGGACCAGCCUGCGGGACGCCCAUACAACGAAUUGCUGCAACUACUGAAUCCCGGCUCGGAUAACAAGGGUCCCGCUCGGAAGAAGAGGAAGGUUGAACACAAGGGCCGGGAGUCCGAGCGCGACGCGGUUGCGACUACGAAUGAGGAGGAGAACGACGAGUCGCCGGCCGAUGACGACCUAGAGCAGCAGGAACCUGAGGACGAUGAGGAGGAGAACGGGGACGAAAUGGAUGUUGACGGGCAGGCCAAUAGCGAUGACGAAGACGACAGCGAUCCCUUCGACGCGCAUUUCUCAAGUCCAAAGGAAGACGAAUUGUCGGAGAAGAUUCAGGCUGCGGGAGCGAAGCAGUGGCGAUCUACCAAGAAGGAACUCCCAGAAGGACUGAAACUGAUGCAUUCGGUGCCGGAUCUUGGUACUGAUGUUUCCAUGCUUCCUCCCAUGAAGAACAUUACAAACGUGAAGCUGAAGAAGAAGCUCAGCGAGCCUGCGACGGAGCACAUCCGGGAUAUCAGCGGGCAUGCUCAGCACCUGGCUCCCUACAUUUUCGAUUACCAGGAUGUCCUAUACGGCGCUCGAACCGCAUCCAACUCCGCGGCGAUGCAAGACCUACUCGCAGUCCAUGCCACCAAUCAUGUGCUGAAGACGAGGGACCGCGUGCUCAAGAACAACGCUCGCGUGGCCAAAGAACAGGACACCGAUCUAGACCUCCGAGACCAAGGCUUCACCCGACCCAAGGUGCUCUACCUGCUGCCCACCAGGCAGGCCUGCGUCCGGGUAGUAGACGCGAUCACCCGGAUCUACCAGCCAGAGCAGCAGGAAAACAAGAAGCGAUUCGUCGACACCUUUUCCGGGACCGACGAUGAGAGCUGGGAAAACAAGCCGGAGGAUUUCCAAGAGCUCUUUGGCGGCAACGACGACGACAUGUUCCGUCUCGGUCUCAAAUUCACCCGCAAGACCCUCAAGUUCUUUGCGCAGUUCUAUGCGUCCGACAUGAUCCUCGCCAGUCCUCUGGGUCUGCGGACCAUUAUGGACCAAGCCGACGCCAAGAAACGCGAUCACGAUUUCCUGUCAUCCAUCGAGGUGGUGAUCGUCGACCACACGGACGCCCUUCUGAUGCAGAACUGGGACCACGUCGACUACAUCCUGAAACAUCUGAACCUGCAGCCCAAGGAGGCCCACGGCUGCGACUUCAGCCGCGUGCGGACGUGGUACCUGGACAACAACGCGCGCUACCUGCGGCAGGUUAUCAUGCUGGCGUCCUUCGUCACGCCGGAGAUCAACUCGGUCUUCUCGUCGCACAUGCACAACGUGGGCGGCAAGCUCAAGGCGACGCCGGUGUACGCGGGCGCGAUCUCGGAGGUGCCGCUGCCGGUGUCGGUCAAGCAGACGUUCUCGCGGGUCGACAGCCUCUCGCCGGCCAAGGAUCCCGACGCGCGAUUCAAGCACUUCACGACGACGGUGCUGUCGACGCUGGUGCGCAACAUCACGUCCAGCCGCGGCAAGAACGGCGGCGGCACGCUGAUCUUCAUCCCGUCGUACCUGGACUUCGUGCGCGUGCGCAACCACUUCGCCACCUCCACCCAGACCAGCAACCUCUCGUUCGGCGCCAUCUCCGAGUACACCGACAUGCGCGACGUGGCGCGCGCCCGCACCCACUUCAUGAACGGCCGGCACUCGGUGCUUUUGUACACGGAGCGCUUCCACCACUUCCGCCGGUACCAGAUCCGCGGCGUCAAGCGCGUGAUCAUGUACGGCCUGCCGGAGAACCCGGUCUUCUACGGCGAGAUGAUCGCCCUGCUCGGCUUGGAUCCGACCGGCGUGGUCGAGGCCGCGUCCGAGGGCGGCGUGCGGGCCUUGUUCUCCAAGUGGGACGCGCUGAAGCUGGAGCGCAUCGUGGGCACCAAACGAAUGGGUAAUAUGAUGCGCGAGAGAGGCGGCGAUACCUUUACCUUUGUAUGA